AGAUCUCUGGCACUGCUGCUGUCCCUGCUGGGGAGGGAGAGCGGGGCUGAAGAUGGAUCGCCGUUAAUGAAGACACACGGAGGCGACCCGAGAGCCGCAGUGCCGAGAUCCGGGGGCUGCCUGCCUGGUGUCUGGGAUUCUGCCUUUGGAAUUGCUGCUCACUGGGCUGCCAGGGUUCAGCUGAGCUCAGCUCAGGCCGUGUGAAAUAUGGGCGACGACAGGCCGUUCGUGUGCGGCGCCCCGGGCUGCGGACAGAGGUUCACAAACGAGGACCACCUGGCGGUUCAUAAACACAAGCAUGAGAUGACAUUGAAAUUCGGCCCCGCUCGCACCGACUCCGUCAUCAUCGCAGAUCAGACUCCGACCCCGACCCGGUUCCUGAAGAACUGUGAGGAGGUGGGACUGUUCAAUGAGCUGGCGAGUUCCUUCGAGCACGAGUUCAAGAAAGCUGCUGAGGAUGAUGAGAAAAAGAGCGCCGGAGGAGCCCUGGACAUGUCCCUGCCCUCCACUCCCGAGAUCAAGAUCAAGGAGGAGGAGCCGGUGGAGGUGGACUCGUCCCCACCAGACAGCCCCGUGUCCCACCCACGGUCACCCCAGCACAAGGAGAAGGAGAUUCCCUCCAAGCCUGUCAUCCUCUCCACGCCCACUCCCACCAUCGUGCGCCCCGGCUCGCUGCCCCUGCACCUGGGCUACGACCCCCUGCACCCCACACUGCCAUCCCCCACCUCUGUCAUCACCCAGGCCCCCCCCUCCAACAGACAGCUGGGGUCUCCCACAGGUUCCCUCCCGCUCGUCGUGCAGCUCGCCAACGGCCAGACCGUGCCCGUGCUCCCCGGCCCCCCCGUCCAGAUGCCUUCUGUCAUAUCGCUGGCUCGGCCGAUGUCGAUGGUGCCGAACAUUCCCGGGAUUCCUGGGCCUCCCGUCAACAGCAGCGGGUCCAUUUCCCCAUCAGGACUCCCAGUGCACUCCGAAGCCAAAAUGAGGCUGAAGGCCAGCCUGACGGCCUCCUCCUCGCUGAACGGCAGCAACCUGGUGGUGGGCUCAGCCAGCACGAUGGUGACGGCGCGGCCGGAGCAGAGCCAGAUCCUCGUCCAGCACCCCGACGCCCCUUCCCCGGCUCAGCCACAGGUGUCCCCCGCCCAGCCCACCCCCAGCACGGGCGGGCGCCGCAAGCGCACGGUGGACGAGGAUCCCGACGAGCGCCGGCAGCGGUUCCUGGAGCGCAACCGGGCGGCCGCCUCCCGCUGCCGGCAGAAACGCAAGCUCUGGGUGUCCUCCCUGGAGAAGAAAGCCGAGGAGCUCACCACCCAGAACAUCCAGCUGAGCAAUGAAGUGACGCUGCUGAGGAACGAGGUGGCCCAGCUCAAGCAGCUCCUCCUGGCCCACAAGGACUGCCCCGUCACGGCGCUGCAGAAGAAGACACAGGGCUACCUGGAGAGCCCGAAGGAGAGCUCGGAGCCCACGGGCUCCCCCGCGCCCGUCAUCCAGCACAGCUCCGCGUCGGCCGCCCCGAACGGGCUCAGCGUGCGCUCGGCGGCCGAGGCCGUGGCCACCUCGGUGCUGACGCAGAUGGCCGGGCAAAGGACAGAGCUGGGCCUGCCCUCCCACGUCAUCAUGGCCCCACAGUCCCAGUCUGCCGGCAGAUGAUGGCCCGGAGCCGAGCACGGACUGACCACGGCCCCUGGCCCUGCCCAGGGCGGGCCCACGAGGAUUUUCAUUUCUUUUUUUUUUUGAUUUCUUCUUUU